AUGGAAGGCGAUUACUCUCACUGCGAUCUGUCGGAGCCAGAUUUCGAGGGCGAAUUAACAAAGCGUAGCGUGUGGCUAAAAGAGUGGCGCAAACGCUAUUUUGUGCUUAAGGGUAACAAGCUUUACUUCUGUCGGGCGAAAGGUGAGCCUGCGCAUGGGCUCAUCGACCUAGCAGACUGUCUUACGGUUAAAUCAGCUGAAGAAAAGACCAAUAAGCGUUUUUGCUUUGAAGUUGCGACGCCCGACUCGACGUUUUACAUGUACGCGGAGAAUGAGAAGCAAAAGGAUGAGUGGAUUGGCGCCAUCGGUCGCGCUAUUGUCAAAUACUCCAGCUCCUUUACUGGCGAUCAAGACGACGACACUAAUUAG